CAUUUUAGUGUAGGGCGGGUGGCAUUGUGGUUGAAACUGUAGAAGUUUGUUUGAUCUGAUAAUUCUGAACUGUUUUAAAGUAAUGUUGAGGUGUAAUUAGUUUGUGAUUUGACUAGAUCUCCACCGAAUUUAAUUGAACUGAAAUGAAGUAAUCUGUUCGGAGAUAUUUUUAUAUAAUUGUAAUCUAGUCCCUUCCAAACGGAAGAAUUUGAGUCGUAUCUGUAAACAAACAGCUUCCUAACGAGCAGCGAAACAAUCUCUCUUGCUUGUUUGGUUGUUUCACAGCCCUCCUCCCUUGCCCACGCUUUACACCACCCCAAAACCCUCUCUCUCUCUCUCUCUCUCUCUGUUUCUUCAGUUUGGAGGUUUUUGCAGGAUUGUGCAAUAAUUUCUGCUGAUCAGCAUUUGUUGAUUGACUCAGAGACUCAAUGGGUUCCAUGUGAUAUAUAUAUGUAUGUAUGUAUGUAUGUAUAUACAGAGAAUUUAGAUGGAAGGUGCUGAAGGGGCUUGCAAAAACCCACUUGGUCCCCCCUUUUCUCCUGCAAUUCAGAAGAAUCUUCUGAUUUACUGUAGGCUGGAGAUUGUUUUGAAAUAGUUGAAGAACCACCAAUCAGUCAACACCCACGGAGUCAAAACAUGACCUUGGAGAUUCCCUCAAGAACAAUUGAGGGCCCUAGUGAGCAUUUUGUUGCAAUAGAUAUGCCCCUGGCACCAAGUCCAAUGGCCAGAAGAAUGAAUUUUUCACCAAUGCCCAGCCCUAGUUAUUGCAGGUCCACGGGCUCUUCAAGUCCCACUUCAUCUAGAGGUAAAUCAUACAAAAAAAGCCUGCUUCCAAAACUGAGCUUCAAAUUCCAGAAUUCUACUUCGGAGUUAGAGAAAGCUGCAAUCCUAGCUUUAGGAGAUUCACCAGCAGGGACACAGCAGAAGCCUUUGGUUAUAAGAACAUUGUCUGUUAAAAGAUUUUUUAUGCCCAAGAUGAGAAGACCUUCAUCUUUACCAGUUACCCCAAUUGUGCACUCAAAUCCAGAGUCUACGCAUGGAGGGAACAAAAUUGAGGAUUAUGCUGAAAGUGGGACUCAGGUUCCUAUCCAUCGUUCAUAUUCCGUUCCUGACUUGAUUAAAGCCAGAAGCAUUAGGCAGAUUGGUUUAUCAAGUGCUGUAUUUCGUGUUGCUACAUUGACCACAAAUCCAGCAAAAGAUGCUGAUGGAAAGAGUGAUGCUGGUCAAAAUAUUGCUGAAGAAGAAGCUAUUUGUAGGAUCUGCAUGGUUGAACUUGGAGAGGGUGCUGACACCUUAAAGAUGGAAUGUAACUGUAAGGGUGAGCUUGCAUUGGCUCACCAAGAAUGUGCCGUGAAAUGGUUUAGCAUCAAAGGUAACAAGACAUGUGAUGUGUGCAAAAAAGAGGUUCAAAACCUACCUGUCACCCUUUUGCGAAUUCAAAAUGCACCGAUAUAUAACUUCCAAGGAAGAAGAUUACUUUGGCAAGCUGAAAUUACUCCAUACAGAAUUUGGCAGGAUGUUCCUGUUCUUGUCAUCGUCAGCAUGCUUGCGUACUUUUGCUUUCUAGAGCAGCUUUUGGUUAAAAAGCUGGGAUCAGGUGCAAUUGCCAUAUCGCUUCCAUUUUCCUGCAUGUUGGGUCUCCUUGCAUCCAUAACUUCGACAACUAUGGUGAGGAGAAACUUUGCCUGGCUGUAUGCUAUUAUUCAGUUCGCGCUGGUUGUUCUCUUUGCUCACCUUUUUUACUCACUGCUACAGCUUCAUGUGCAUGCAGUUCUUGCAGUUCUUCUCGCCAUGCUUGUCGGGUUUGGAGGCGCAAUGAGUGGGUCUUCCAUCUUUCUUAAGUUCAUGAAAUUAAGGGCACGGUGGAAUUCUCAGCCUGAUCAACAGCAGGGCUCCCAGGAGGUAACACAGCCACAUCAGUUGCCAGAAACUGGAAGUAUGUCACAAGCAGACCCUCGAUCUGGAACUCCAAACGGGACUCAGGAAUCCAUCAUGCCAGCUGAUUCAAGAUUAUGAUGUCCUACCUUAUGUAGAACUUAGAUAUAUGUAAAUUUAGUUGAAAUACAGAUUUUGGCUCUCUGAAGAAUCUUCUUGGUGAAGUUUCCUCCUGAGCUAUUCCUGUCAGAAGCUGCACAAACAUCGAAAAGAUCAAGCUUGCUGAAUCCUUGGCCAGGACUUGAAUUAUAGAACAUGGUGUGCAUUUGUGAUAUCAAUAGAACAUUUCAAGUGAGUUUCAGGUCCUAGUAGUUGUUAAUGACAAAAUCCAGGCUUGUUACA